AUGGACAACCUCAUGAACGAUGCAAAAGGCAGGGGAAGCAGAGAACCAUGUUAUGACGAAUACCACAACGAGAAUUUGCUGCAUCUAGAGAAAGAACCCAACCUAAAUAAUAGAAUGCACAUGUUGAAACGGGUUCGUGGUAAACGUUGGCAAGAUGAACGCACGUACAGCUCCUACGAUACAUUCCCCUACGGGGGCAUCUUCUACAAUGACCUAAUCGUAAAGGACGUGAUAAAGUAUUACUUCAAGCGGGGAGGUGACUACUUGGAUGGGCAACCGCUAGACCCGCCUGCGACCCCGGGACCACCCGGGUACGUCUAUCUCGGUGCAGGUAUACUUAAGGAGAUGCAAAGGAAGAAACACAGAGAAAAAAAUAGAAUGGUUUUUAUAUUUUGCCUUAAUGAGGCGAUACUCAAAAGGGGCGGCGAAAGAACAUGGGGCAGUGAGGGUACCCCCCAACGGGAGAGGCGUGCAUACAGCAGAGGCAGCCAAGUGGCAGACGUAGCGGAAAAAAGGGGAACACAUCGGAGGAGAAGCAAACACCAAGACAACCGACUUGGAGACAUAGAUGAUAUUCUGAAUGGAAGGAACUUCCAUCAGAACCCGUUUAUAAAAACCAAGACGUCGCUCCUAUGGGAAGACGUUAAAGACAGGGAGGGGGGGAUGUGCACAGAUGUCAACAGGGACAAAAAGAACCUGAACCUUGAAUCCUUCUAUAGGGAACCUACAUUUAGGGGCUCACCCAGGGGGAGUAAAACGUUCGGAGGGGGGACCAAUGCACGUAGUGAGGACAGUACACACGACCCUAGUGACAGUCAUACCGGUGGGGUCUCUUACCAAUCUUCAGACCACUCCUUCGAGGAGUAUUCCCCUGAUUGUUCGGAACUCUCCACUGAGGAAAGCCCCUCUGACAGUUCAGACAGCUCAGACGACGACACGGAAGAAUGCUCCACCAACAGUAGUAACCACGGUGGACACCCCCGCCACACCUACCACCGACGAAGGAGAAACGUCUACAGCGAUCGAAGCGGCGUCUUCAUGUUAAGUGUGUUGCACCACCAGGAAGAGGUAUACUCAGUGAAGUGGAAGGAGAGACAAAACGACCCCUUCUGUGUAGUCACAUCCAUCUGCUUCGAUGGAUAUAUAUACAUCUGGAGGGAGCAUACCAACAGCCAGAACAAACUCACCUUUGUAUCUGUGUGUAGAGUUUAUGUUCCCUCGUUUGAACAAAUGGUUAAAUGCGUAAAGUGGUGCUGGGUAGAUAAAGACACCACUAGCGAAGAUUACUGCCGCUUUUGGAGCAACAACAAAAAUGCAAACAUAGCCAGGAAUGAAUACCUAAUAGUUUACGGUUCUAGAAACGAGUUUCAUCCAGAUGGGGUUGUGAGAAGUGGUGCCCCCCGCGGGUGCGAUAAAGGGGAACGAGCCAUCUUUUCCGUCUUCUCCAUCUAUGCCAUUUUCAACAUACACAGACACGACGCCCACGUGAAAAAUAUCCUUAGCUACGAAAACAUUCCAAUAAACCUCCACUACGAGUACGUGCUCCAGGCAAAGAUGAAGUAUGCGUCUCUUAACACGUCUCUCAUUUCAGUUUACACAGAUGAUACCUUCCUCCCAGAGAAUGAGUAUCACAUGAAGUUUGGCCAGUGGAAGAUUAAGAAAAUAUGCCCCCUCUCAGAUUCGCUCUUGCUGGACAAGGGUAAUCCCCAUAGUGGUGUGGCACGCGAAUUCAUUGGCUGGGACCACGUAGAUGUGACCGAUUGUGAGCUCUCCUCCAGUGGUAGCAACACCAGCACGGAUCACAGUGAAGAGGAUCGAAGCAACUACGAUGAUUAUAAUGGGGAAUAUUACCAUAGUGGUGACCCCGGUUCGCACCACAAUGGAGGGACAACUCUUUGGAGACGACCCCGACGCAGGGACAACAAUAAACAAAACGACUUCCUCCUUUUUAGGAAGCUUUUCAGUACAGUCAGCAACUUGAUGCCCCCAUUUGCGAUCACCAUCUCGACAUACAACGGAGACGUCUACAAAAUUAUGAUAAAGCCAAGUGAUAUAUGGAUAAAAAAAAAAAAAAGCGUCAGUGUAAGGUACAUGCUACAAUACAGAGCAUGCGAACCGUCUCCCAAAUGGGAAAAAAAAAAAAAAUAUAUAUCCAGCAAAAGACAACACGAUGAACCAAUCCUUCAGGAAGACUGCACAAUCCAUUUUAACGCCAACCAUAAUGUCGUCCUGGUGCAGGAUAAGCGAAACGGGAAAAUGUACCUGUACAACUUUGACAUAGGGGUUAGAAGCAGGAGUAGUUCCUUUUAUCAGUUUCCCAUCCAAGUGGAGGGGCCCAAUGUAUGGGCAUCCUCUUCCCAAUGGGAUGGCGCAGGUGGGAGCAGGCAAACCAGAGAUGGUCGGUACUCAUUAGAAGGGUAUCAUAACGACGAUAGGGUUACCCCACUGGAAGGUGCCGCAUAUCGUAACAAAACCAACAGCAUGGUUAAUGAACUACGAAAGGAAGAAAAAACGUGGGAAGCUUCCCCAUCGGGGGGUUACAAAAUGGAAGAUACCUCAGCAGUAGAACAGACGCAUAGUGAACAAAAGACACGCAGGAGUUACGAUCUGCAUAACGAUGCUUGGAUCGAACCGGCAGUGAAGAAAAAGAGAAGAAGAGCAUUCACUCCGAUAUGUUGCCUAAACAGUAUGUACAUUGACCGGUACUACAUGUUGAAGCACAAGGGAAGUGAAACCCUCAGGAGGAAGAAUCACUUCAUCUAUUCGUACUCCUAUCAGAUGUGUAGGAUCUAUGAAGAAGUGAAGAAGAACCCACACGUGUGCAUGUCGACUAGCCAAUUUUUAGAAAAAAAAAAUACCAUUCCAUUGGUGUAUAAAAGCGCAGUUUUGGAUUCAGUAGAUUCCUUUUUCGUACUCAUGUGCGUGGACAAAAAACGGGAGUGCAUCUUCGCGCUGAAGUCGGAGACGAGGGAUGUGGUCCAUAGUUCCAAAAUGUUGUGCAUCUUUGACGAUAGCUCUUCACUAAUCUGUUUGCAAGGAAGCUCUCCCCCCCCGAAUGAACCGAACAACAAUAUAUACCUGAGUAAAACGCAAGAGGAUAUUUGCAAAGCAGAAGGGGUGCCCUGUAUGGUGACUGGAUACGAGAUAAGUGACUUACGCAUGCACACUAAAAACGGCCAGAACUACCUCUUCCUAAUUAUUCAAUACAGCUACAUCAGCCCUGAAAAACGGACCAAACACGCUCACCUAGUUACCCUCUCGACAGUACACAUUCAAAAGGAGAGUUUUAUAUACGUAAACUUACAUCUGAAUCAGAUGUUUACCUUUUUUCAUUCGAUGGAAGAGAAGCUCUUAUUCUCGUACAUUCACGUCUCCUACCAAGGGAAGUUUAUUGUCGCCACGAAUCAUUCCAUAUGUGAAAGGGCGACGAACUCUGUCCAACUGGAGAGACCACCUUACAUUGUGAACGCGCAAAGUGGGUAUUCCAUCCAAAGGGGUAACUACCCACUGGUGGAGGGGGAACCACUUGGAAGUGAAGACGACGGUGCGUUUUGCCACCCGGGGGAAGAUGUGCUCACUGUUAGGAAGGGACUCAUGCACAUUGGAAGCUCCUCCUGGGAGGAGAGACAAUACGUGUUGGUACUGGAUGAUCAGGACCCCAAGCAAGAAGGGCAUAACAAACAUAACAGGUUAUUUCCCCGAAUGGAAGAAUCCCUAACCGAUGAGGAGGGCCUUACCAGAAGUGAGGAUAUAUCAUUACACUCCGACGAAGUGGUAAACCUUUACCUCCUCUGCACGGAAGGCCGAUCCAUCUCACAUCCUGUGCAAAUUAGGAAUGUCCCCGACCUCGUCGAUAUAGUCAUCCACAACAGCUAUCUUGUCCUCCUCACAAAAACGAAAAUUCAAGUAGUGAACCUAAAGAUAGUGUGUAACGACCUAAUCAGCAUGGAAGAGACAAAAAUGGAAGACUUACCCCUUCCAAUAGGAAGGACGCACAUCGUAAACUUCGUUUCCAUCCCCUUGCCGAAAAUGUUUGCAAAUAAAAAAACAAAAUUGUGUAUGACUUGUUCAGGUGAAAAAAACACACAUUUUAUUGUAGCCAGUUUUUUGGUCAAUUUGAAACAGCGUAAACAGAAGGAACAUCGGAGGAGGAACAAAACAUGCAAUAGUAAGGCAACCCAUGAGUUGUUCCCACAGAAAAAAUACAUCUCCGUGGUGCUCUUCUGUGACGCACCGAAUGGCAAUGAGUGGAAGGUUUUAAAUUAUGAGAGGAACCCCUUCCUUCGCUCCAAGCAGGUGUUCUUGUUUGAAAAUAACUUAUUCCUGCUCGGUGGGGCAAAGAAGAGGGGCUUCGUUUGGGAACCGAACCGGAGGAAGCUACCCAAUGGGGGACUUAUCAACAGUGGUUUGCGGGGUCGAAAAGGGGAAACCACCCAAAGCACCACCCGGAGAUGCCCCCGCAAGCGCAAGAUCAACCUGUGCAACGAACUGAAGAAGUACCAAAAAAGAGGCAAAGGAUAUAUCGACGGAGAGGAAGCCGAGGAAGGAGCUCUCCCCCCCAGGAAGGGACAUCACGUGUUUUAUCACCCCCUCGGAUUGUUACACUACAUAAAAAUGGGUCUCUUUUCUCAUGUCUUUAUGGCACUGAAAUUACUCCUGAACCUUCUCCUCAACAGGUUCUAUAGUUAUGUGGACAGGAACAACCUUAGAAAUAGCAUCUCGGGGGAGGAGUGCUUUCCCAAGAAGCACUGUGCUUUGCAUGUCCUACUGGAAGACAACAAUGUGAGGAAAUCAGUUCAGGAAAACUUUGGAGAUAUAUGCACUGUACAGAAAAGCCACUUCCUUUUUAACUUAAAUUUUCUGACCACGGAAAUGGGUAUGUUUCGACGGAAUGAGCAAGGCCUGGUUGAUGGUGUCUGUGGAGGAGACACAGAUGGGAAGGAACAGGGGGGGGAGGAGACCCUCCUCCUCCAGGGGGGGAACCGUAAUGGGGAUGCGAUGGGACAGAAGGAUAAAUCUAUGUCCCUGUUCGAAGUGGAGUCCGUCUCGUUGGACGAUUUUAACCUGAACUCUGAUGAGGAAGAAUCUGCCCCGUCGGAGCAGGGUGGGCAGGAAGAGAAGGCCCCCACCCAGGAGCCACGUUCCGAGGGAAGCCAGAGCAGCAGUCGACGUGGGAACAGCCAUGGAAGUGAUAGUAGCGAUGAAAGCAGACGCAGUGAAGACGAACUGGAACAGAUGCAACGAAACUUCAAGUCCAACCUGAAAAACGCCAGCGUGACUAAUUACCAAUUGACGGCCGAAGAGGUGAAGAUCCUGCAGAUACUGCUGCUCCAUGUGAAUGUUCCCCAUUUGGGAGCCUUCGACCAGCUGCUCCUCUUUUGCAUUCUGAAUGCAUUUUGCGUCAGUGUGGGGUCUCCCCCUGGGGAUGGUAAACCCAACAACAGUGACAGUGACAGUGUGAGAAGCAUGCGAAGCAGUGGAGGUGAUGACUUCGGAAGCAGUCAUCCAUCGGAAGACUCCGCUGUGCAAACGGGCGAACACACCUCCAAGAAAUCCUGCAGGUGCUACUGUGAACACUUCGGUCUGCACCUCCAGAAGGAGCUCAUGAAGACAGAAAACAUAUACCUGUACGACCACGUGUGUGGGGGUGAACACGGUGGAGGAGGACAACCCAACGGAAGCAGCAUGACCCAAGUGAUCCUCUUCUUUUAUCGCCUCUACAUAAAUUGCUGCCUCUUCUUAAAUGUAACCCUGGAAAUUCACCACCAAUAUGCCUACCUCCUUUAUUUUGUGCGUGAGAAGGUUGCAAUGCAACUGAGUAGUUAUCUGGAGAAUCUUCUCACCCACUACAACCACUCCUUUCGCGUCCCCAUUAGCGGCAGUGACUUGAGCAGCGUCGACCUGUUCGAUAUGAGUGGCACUGGCAGCAGUUCCCACGUGGAUACUGGCUCACUUACCCACCAGUGGGAAGAUGAUGGACUUCCCCCCCAUGGCCGCCUCGUACGAUGGGUACGAAAAGAAAAAAAUGCGCCACCACAGGUAGAGCUGAAUAAUGUGCUGGUCGAAAGAAUGAAUAACAUAACACUGGUGGAAGAGGAAGUCGAAAAGUUCUGUUUCUUCUUCCCAUUUAGACGUAUGAAGUUGUUCUAUGUGCUGCACGAUAGGGACAACUUAUUUUACCUGCACGAGGUGCUAACAAACAGGACAAUAAAAAAAAUGAACAGCCUCAAUGUGGACGAUAAGGAGAAGCAGAAUGAAGUGAAUGCGUGUCUGGACUUCCUCGCAUUGUUAUACCUAGCAAAAAACGAGAAACAAAAGCUCAUGAUGUUGUAUAAGGUUAAAAAGCAGCAGAAGGUUUUUGAGUUCCUUUCCAAUGACUUUUCCCAGGAGAGAUGGAGUAACGCACUUAUGAACAAUGCCUACAAGCUGAUGCAGAUAAAAAGGUACUACCUUGCCAUGGCCUUUUUCAUUCUUCGUGGGGACAUUAAAGAUGUGAUCGAUGUGGCUCAUCAGUAUUUAGAGGACCAACAAUUGAGUGUCUUCCUUGUUAGACUGGUUUAUGCCUCCUACAUAGAGAAGGGGCAAUGUCUAGCAGGGAGAAGUAACCUUUCAGUCCCCGCAGGGUGUUUCCCGUUGGGGGAAAGUAGUAACCUGCUGGAGGGUUCGAGUGUGUCAGAGGUUCCUGGCAGCGGCUACCUCCCCUCCAGUGAGGUAGGCGAUAUGAGCGAAGUGGGAGAUGCGCCGAUUAGAGGAGUCGAAGAGGAACCAAGCAACUACACGAAGGAACCGCGUGACUUCCUACAGGAACACCUGAACUACAUUUUUACGAAAAAGUUGAAUACCGACCAUGAUGAAGGUGUUCCUAGUAGGUACCACCUUACGGAGAGAAACUACCAGGACGUGAUGAAGAACCUCCUGCUGGGGAACUACCUAGAGGUGUACUCUAAAUGUAGGAAGCCAGAGAGGUACCGUUUUCUCCUUCUGGUAUUGAAAAAUGUAAUUGUGGGGAGAAUAAGGAGGCAGGCGAAAGGACAAGGGGAUGCACUGGGGAUGACUAUUCUGUGCGGGCACGACGAAGGAGAACCCGGACAAAGCGAGCACUGGCAAGACGACCAUGUUGACUGCACAUUUCGGAUGAGUAGAAUCGAGUGCUACUUCAGCUCCCUCUACUUUUGCUCACAACAAAUGAGCAACUUAUCAUUCAUUUUCCUGUUCAUUUUUUUUCAAAACACCGACAAAGACGAAGAGUUGAUGCUCCUCCAUGAUAGACUCAAAUUCUUCCUCUGUAUAUCCUCUGAAGAUUACUUGGAGACCUUUCUCGGUGCAAAUAAAUAUUUGUUCGAGAUUAUUUUUGCCUCCUCGUGUGAGAAGGGGUCCAGGGUAGCGAGCGCUGACCAGGCAGACAGAGACAACUCCGUCGACUUCACGCAGUCGUUGAAGCUGUUUGCACGACUGGUGCAUUUGCUCUUUGAGUGCAUCAGCCGGGCAGGUGGCAGCGAAGACCCAAGCGGGCACCUUGACAUGCACCGUCACCUGCACGGUGGUACGCAUGGCGACCAACCCUGUGGCGCUGUAGAACCCGCACCGGCUGUGCUGCGCCUGUUGAACAAGCUGAGGGACAUCAGAACGAAGGACGGCUGCACGAGGAGACGCAAUCUGAGCCACUUCCUAACCACCCUACUGCAAAAAAUAAGUAGCAUGCACGGUGGGCAGAAGAGCACCCACCUACAGGUCAACCAUUACAUGCGUUACGAAAUUGCAAAGAAGAAAGUGAUAGAUCCAAGUACCAGUGCAAUCCCCAACCUGUGCGUUCCCUUAAACAAGUACAACAACCUCCUGACCCACUUAUUUUUUCACUUCUUUACUCUAAACGUUGUAGAGGAACCACAUUGCGAAGACGUCAUUCAGUUCGUCCUGAAUCGCAUCCUUCCCAUUCUCUUUAUCUACGUAAAUGACAUCGUUAGGAUUUUGCUCAAUUUUGCAAAAAAUAGGGACUACCAAUCGAUCUCCCUCCACGACCCGGUGUCCUAUCUACAUGACUCCGUGUCGUCUGUGCAGGAGCCGAUGCCCUCCCCGUGUGAACCGUUGUCCUCCCUGCACGCUCCAUAUCUGCAGCUUGUCAUUUUACGCGUCGGCCUUCGCAACUGCUUCUCUCGGGAAGGAAAGCAACAAACACAUGUGUCCAGAAGACUGAAAAAGAAUUUGAAGGCAAAUUCGAACCACCUGUGUGAACCCAGCACUGAGGAAGGGGGAAGAGUAACCAUACAACAAACGAUGCAACACCCAUGCAGGGAAGAGGAAAAUAGCCAUAAUGUCCACAUACAGGUUGACCGGAAGUUUUUUUCCUACCAUAUUCAUCUGCUAGAUCUCUUCCUAUGCUACCUAACCGUGCUGGUAAUAUGCUUCCUCAUGCUGGAUACCCACUACGGCUUCUUUGACAAUGGGGAGAUCUGCCUAGAUAGGCAGAACACGCAAAGGAAUGGAAGAACCAGUCAAUAUAGAACCCGUAAAGGAAGACACCUGAAAAAACUAUUCCUUGUUUUACACCUUCUACUGAAGAAAAUGAAAAAACUAAACUGGGCUAUUGAAAAUGUAUACAAGGGGAACAGCACCAUCAGCACUGCCGAUCUGCUGGUCAAGUUUGUUAAGUGUGCCUACCUGAGUGGGAAGAAGGGAAAGCUCUCUCCAUGGUUGCACAAGAUCAGUGGGAAGGACAAUAGGAAAAAAAAUAGCAAUAGCAGACAUGACUUGGGGAUACCCUCCAGUGAAGGCAUAGAUGUGAGUGCAGCUCCCUUGGGAACAAAUCCCCCCAUCAGGAACAACCUCCAAAAGGAUAACGACAUGGAACCACAGAUGAGCAUACGAUCAUGUGAAUACGUGCACAAGGGGAGACUCUCACCAGGAGCAUUUCCCCUCCGACCUGCAGCGGCGGAAACGACGGAAGACCUACCCUUCGAGAAAUACUGCAUCGUGAGCAUCUUCCUGUCCACCUUCGAAUUGCUCAUUGGAAACUUUCACAUCUUCGCCUACAAGGCGAACGUCUUCACGCCGCAGCUGCACCUGCGAGGGAGGGGCAGCCAUUCAGGAAAAGGAACCGAUCAACAUGGCAAGUAUAGCCAUGCAAACGCGAAGAACCAUAUCAACCCAUUCUACUACAACACCUGCAUUCUCCUCCACUUCAUAGAUAGCCUGUGCCAUUUGGUAAACAAAUUUCUCCUGUCUAGGAUGAAGGACCUACUGUACAAAUCGGCCUACAACAUUAAGAACACCCUGCUCACCUUUCUUUCCUUCCCUUUUUUCUUCAACAAAGUUAAGACGAGGAAAAAGAAUCAUGUCCUCUGUGAGCACUUUAUCGAUUCGCACAUUUCCCUCUUUUAUAACAAGCCCCUUUAUGCCAUAUGGAAGAUGAACAGCUGCACCUAUAGGUCCUUUCUCCUUUUCUUUAACAAAACCUUCUACGAUUAUAAUGAUUCGCUGAACGAUGUGGUGAGUGCCUACCGGGGGGGUCAACAGGGCCAACAGGGAGAACAGGUCGACCUCCCCCAACAGGACGGAACUUAUAAUCACCCCCACCUGAAUGAAUACGCAAAAUACCAUCGGUUAUAUAAGGAGGGGUGUAGACUAACUGAACAAUACCAUCUGGUCAUUCCCACCUCAAACGUGGAAAAGGGAAACAUGGCCUGCAACCAAACAAACUUUCUUUUUAAGAGACCCAGAAGCUACGACCGUUUUUUUUCCUUCACGUCUAGAAUGAGCUUUUUCAAGAAUCUCAAAUUGGGUACUAGCGGUGGGGCUGCGAAACGAAUGGACAAGGAAAGAAGGAGAAAAACCCACGACCAGGUGGGGGAGUACCGCCACGUUAACUAUGACAGUAUUGCUAAAAUGAAAAGCAACCUUCUGAAACACGGGAUAGUCGAGACGGAGGGACGGAGCAGUCAGGAUGGUAGCCAAGUGGAUGAAGAUGAAGAGGCGUGGAAUUACGCAAUGGGUGGUACGUCAGAAAGGAAGGGAUGCUCUAUCGAGCAGAACCUCCUGGGAACGACACCCCGAUCGGUGCGUAGCAGGAGCAUCCGCAGCAGUGUUAGUGGCGGUGCUUACGUUGGUGGUGGAAUUGGCGGAGUUGUUCCUGCUGAUGGGGAGCGUCUGAACACCCCACAGAGAGACCACUCCAGAACGACCCAUACAAAGGCGAACAAAACGCACCACCGUGGAUCAAACCCAAGAAGCAACCACUCUCGGAAGAGAAGUCACAAAAGAAGCAAAAAAGAACACAACAAACUGCCCCAUGUUAUCCCCCUGUCUUAUCUAUUCAACAACAUGAGUGACAGGCAUAUCAUCGAGCAGGGGAAAAUGGACAGCCACAACAGCACCAUCCUUUAUAUACAUCGAAAAAAUAAAGUCAAAAAAAUAUGUAUUCUGGACCACUUGAAAAAGCUUAAUAAGAAGUGCAGGUUCAUUAACUACGUUUCUCACUACGAUUUGAAGGGGAAAAACAGAACUUCCAGGGGUAGAAGUGGCACGGGGGAGAAGAAGUGGAAGAGUAGUGUCAUCUUAGGGGGGGAAGUUACCACCCAAGUUGUGCCCACUGCAGGGAAGAAGAACCCCCUCAGAGGAGAAUUCACUGAUGUUGCGAAGGACGAUAAGGAUGGCAAUCCACGUUUGAAGGACGACCGUGCCAGUCGUAGCGUUGAAGUGGGCGUGCUUCCCACCCCAAAUGGGGAGGAGCGCCCCUGGCAUAGCUACUCCCUGCAGGGGAAAGGAGCCCCCAUCGGAAAGGAGGUUAGCACACCGAAUGAUCAGAUCUGCAAGGAGGCCAAUCAGGGAGGAAACGCACAUCCGGGCAACGGGCGAACCGGGGAGAGGACUCCCAGCAGCAAUAGCAAGUGCAGCCUCGGGGGUGGUACCAGACGACAUGGUGCCAAACAAAAUGAUCACCCCAAGAAUGAGAAAAUCUUCCUGGACAUUAACAUGAACAAGCUGCUGUAUAUAUACAAGUGCAUGCACAUUCAGUGCAUGCACAACCUGACCCCCCUGUGCAGCUACCUGAGCAACUUCGUCCCAAACGACUGCAGCGUCACCAGCCUCUUUACCAAUUCCUACAACAACCAUUUCGUGAACAACUUGUUUUUUCACAAUCUGUUCUAUGUGUAUGACAACACAAUGACUCUUCUGCUGAGGUCGAACAACGUGGGGUCGAUAUUCUACGGGGGGGACAACCAACGUGGAGGGAAGACGGAGAGUAGUAAGAAGGGUGCACUGAAGGGAGAUCAUACGUCUCACAUUACCUUAUCUGAGGAGAUUACUGCGUCCCCACGUGACAGUCACCGAAGUGUAAACUCCUCCUCGCUCCCCACAGCAGACCACACAAUUGAUCACGCAACUGCUGGCCACAUAAUUGAUGACCACAUAAUUGAUGACAACACACGCAUUGCAGUAGAAGCAGCCACCAGGGUGAAGCCCAAACCGGAGGAGCAACUGCAAAGAAAUGUAGCCAUCUCGACAACCGCACAGAAGUACAUCGAGACGGUCAUGCUGCUCCUUUACAAUAACGUUACGCUGAACGAAUCGGACAAAAUUAUCACCACAAAAAAGGAAAAGGAGAAAAAAAAAAAAAAUGAAUUCGAGCACCUCCAAGAGUAUAUAGAAAGAAAUGCUAACACAUGCAUCAGGAGAAAAUACGGCUUCAUUAACCAGCUGUCAAAUAAAAAGGAGAAUUGUUUUCUUUUAAAAACAGGAGCCAUUAUUUCUCACCCCUUUCUCCCUGUCUAUGCACUCAUAAAUAUUAACCACGAGAAGAAUGCAACGUUGGAACAACAGCAAUUGUUGGACAAGAAUCGGUUCCAGAUAAGGCUCUGCAGCUUCUCUGUGAAUUAUGAAAACAUUUGCUAUAGAUAUGGGAUCAUCUCUAGCGUGUCUUGGAGUUCAAAUGGGAACCUCCUGAUGGUCUCCGAUGAGUGUGGGUACUUAUAUAUUUAUAACAUAUUUUUAGGUGGUUUUGUAAACCCUAAGGUGGUUGUGAACGGUGUGGGGAAUGACCCCAAUGGAGAUCGGAAUAUGGGCGUGAACACCUCCGACAGGGGGGCCACAGCGGCGUGCGUCAGUGCAGGCGAAAACGAGGGGGGCCUCCCCCCGGAUCAGUUCGACGACUACAACGGGCACGAUGAUCACUACGACGCCUACUACGAUAGCUAUUAUGACGAUGAAUAUGACGACCAUUACGAUGAAUCCGGUGAGGGGUACUCCGAUUACCAUUCCUACGACCAUCACGAAGGCGAUGACCCCGGGGGGGAUCACGCCGAUGCCCACUUGGAGGAGGAAACGCCCAACGGGGAUAAUCCCAACGAGCAGGGCGAAGAAAACGGACGGGGACCCCAGGAAGGGGAAGAAAGGAACGGAAAAAACACCCCAACAAAUGGGAAAGUUUCACCAAAUGGCAAAGUUUCACCAGAUGGAAAAAACAAAAAGAACGAGGAGCAAAGCGAAAGUGUCAACUUCGGAAGCAAGAUAAAGGAGGGAAACAAAAAAAUAAGAAACUUUUUUAAGGACAAUUUUCUGAAAAACAAUAAGAAAAAGACCUCGGGCCAGGGAGGUGGAGAAAGGAAGAUGAGGAGACGACAGAAGAUGAGCAGACGGUGGAGGGCGCGUCGCUAUUGCAGGAAGGGCAAUUACAUCAUAAGGGAAGCCAUGUGUGUGGUAAAACUGCAUGACGAGGUAAUAGACGUGAGGUCUCUAGACGACUCCACUUUCUACCUAGUCAGCAUCGGCAAGGGGGUGAGCCCCCACUCGGUGAGCAACCACACGGUCUUCAUCGAUGCGGACUUUGCAAAGAUCGAUGAGCAUUUGCGGCACACCCAGGAGGUUACCGAGCGGCAGGAGAAGUCGCUCGAUGACCAACACACUAACCGUUUGCUAACCGAAGAGGGGAACGCCCAUGACUGCCCCAACGAAACGAACAAAAGCGUGUCCAUUUCCAAGUUCGCCCUCCCCGAGUUCUUCCAAAGUGAUGUUUCCCAUCCGGAUAAGAAAGAACCUUUCCCACCACAGAAGCGGGAACAAAAAAAAAAAAAAAACAAUCCUCAGGAAGAAGCAAACACGAUCCAUAAAAGCAGAAUGAAUCACAUAGAUGCGUUUUUCAACCUGCACGUUUUUAAAAAGAAAAAGAGCUACUUCAAGUCUUCCUUUUUCCACUUCGAUGCUCCGAAUGGUAUGUUUUUUAAAAGUAACAAAAAGGUGCGGAAUGUUGAAGACCUGGCGGAUACCGUGUGUCUCUGUGUGUGGGACUUGUGUUCCAUUUUAACCAACCAAGAGAAGCAGUUCUUAAAGGGGAAGAUAACCGUUGGGGCGUCCGACCUGGGUCCCAAUUCGCACAACGAAAACGGCGUCCCCACAACCACCACCAGUAACAACAGUAACAACAACAGUAGCAACUAUAUCAACCAUGGCAACCAUGGCAACCAUAGCAACUAUAACAACCAUAACAACUGUAACAGCCACGCCUAUGGGAGGAACGAACUGACCAGUCGAGCAGGAGCCAAGAAGAUGGAAAACGGAAGCGUUCUUCACCCAACCCUUGUGUGCAUUAUCGGAAACUUACCCGAGAAUAAAACCCAGCCGAAUAAAAGGAAAAACAACGAAAAUGGGAACUCCAUCACGACCUUCUGCACUUGGCUAUCCUCUCGGAACCACCUCUACAAGGUUGUGCAGGAUCCCUUAGACAGAGAAAAAAUCAGAUGGAGAAAAAACAAGCGGAAAGAACACCCCCCCAGGGGGAACAAUAAAAUCACCGCUGUGGUCGAAACGCCAAAGAAAAGAGGCCUCUUUUGGCACCUCUUUCAUCAUAAGGUGUGCUCAAAUAACUUCUCUCAAGAUGCUUACGUUUUUUAUGGAGACCAAUUGGGUUACAUCCACGUAGUGCACCUGCAAAUCUACAAGAAGGUGCACUUCUUCCGGGCCUUCGACGUUCCCAUUCUUAAGGUGUUCGUGUGCAAAAAUAUCGUCACCAAGUUGCUUGUUCUGGCAGAUGCACGGGUAAGGAAUAAUACAUCCUUGUGGCGGUGUCACUCCACCGUUGCCUCAACUGGGACAAUAACACCAAUCUCUUUCUUUUCAUGCAUUCCCCCCCUGCAGCUGCGUAUCUACCUAGUCGAGUCGGCCCUCGAAAUAACGCUCAUCAAGGAGGUCCAAAUAAAGCAUGACGUGCCCCCCAACAAGUGCAUCUGUGAAGACAAAAUAAGAGAACUAAAGGAGAAGAAAAAAAAGGAAGAAAAUGAGAACGACGGCGUCUCCAUAUUCAACUUGUCCUAUUUCCUCUCCUCCAAUUAUCCCAAAAAGCAGAGCAACACCCGAGGGGAGGACAAACCGAACGGCGUCAACAGUAUCAACAACGCCAGCAACGUUAGCACGGGUCAUGUGGAUAUCAAUGCCAUUGGGGGCAGCCUCGGGAAUGGAAGCAGCGUCAAUGUGGCAGAAAACCCUGCCGUAUGUGGAAGCAUCAGCGGGGUAGGAAGUUUCAGCGCAGUUGGAAGCAUGAGCAUAGUUGGCAAUCCGAGUGACAGCUUCUCUGGGAAGAAAAACCACAACCACCAGCACCACCACCUUCUGGUAAACUACAACACCCCGAAUGACUCCCCUCAGAAACCAACCCUCGCAGAUGCCAAAAGUGGCUCAUUGACACCCCUCCCGAGUGAAGAAAGGGGAAAGGAAAAACCUACCUCCAUGUUAAACGAAAAUAACAGUACACCUCCUAAGGUGAAAAGAAGCAGCACGUCCUCCAACUCCUUGAACCCGUUCAAAACGGUAAGUGACACCGAAGACGAGGCAGAUGCAAACAGCGAUAAGGAAGCUUACCAGAGCGUCAUUAUCGGUGGAAUCAAUUUUGGCUACCUUGGGUUCAAUUUCUCUAAGUUCAUGAAUAACAAAAAAAAGACCACCAUCGUGGACGCCUACUUGUUGUCCAACUCGCACUUGGUGACUGUGUCCAGCAACGGCACCCUCACCCUCAUUAAAGUCUGA